CUUAUUGCUGCUAGCUUGUUGCGCAGGGACGCAGCCGUUAGCUCAAUUAGCUCGCUGUGUGUUUGUAGGAACUCUUCCGCUGUUAGUAGUUUAAUCAUGGCCUACCAACUGUACAGGAACACCACGCUGGGGAACAGUCUGCAGGAGAGUCUGGACGAGCUCAUACAGACUCAGCAGAUCACUCCUCAGCUCGCCCUCCAGGUUCUGCUCCAGUUCGAUAAAGCCAUCAACACGGCGCUCGCCAACCGGGUCCGAAACAGAGUCAACUUCAGGGGUUCUCUGAACACGUACCGGUUCUGUGACAACGUGUGGACGUUUGUCCUGAACGAUGUGGAGUUCAGGGAGGUGACCGACCUGGUGAAGGUGGACAAGGUGAAGAUUGUCGCCUGUGACGGGAAGAGCGAGUCGACCCAGAACAAAACGGACAAAUGAUGCAGAUGGACGUCUGAGUUUCUGUCAGCUGAUCUGGACUGUACAUAUAAUUUAUUACAGCACAGUCGAAUGAGAGAGUGUGUGUUUACCUGUAUGUGUGUGUUUACCUGUAUGUGUGUGUGUUUUUUUAUCUUCAUCAGUUUAAAGGAGGUUUUGUUCAGUUUGUUGUUUUGGACCUGAAUCAUCUGUAAUAAAACUUUAUUUAAAACACGA